GGAACUUCGGCCCGCUGAUCUGCCUGUCACUGGUCAGGGAAGGAGGCGGGCCAUGGCUGCAGCGGCUGCACCUGUUGGAAGCGGCAAAGCCAGUGUAGCCCACACUGCCGUUGAUGAGACCAGUGUCGAUGGCGCUUUCAAACGUACGGAUUCAGCCUUCAGAAAUUUCAUCACGGAGGAUGGAUCGAGCGGAUUUCCGGCGGUCGCUGGGCGUUAUCACCUGUAUAUUUCGCUUGCUUGCCCGUGGGCAUCUCGCUGCUAUGCUUUCCUCGUUCUCAAGGGAUUGGAGGAUGUCAUCGGCCUCUCGGUGGUGAACCCAAAAUGGGAGAAGACCCGAGAGGGGGAGAGUCACCUGGGAUGGGUGUUUGCCACGUCGGACAAUGAGGAGCCUGGGGCGACCGUGGAUCAUUUGUAUGGAGUCAGGACUGUCCGUGAUCUGUAUGAUAUGGCAGAUGCUGACUACAGUCUUGGCAAGUUUUCGGUGCCAGUGCUGUGGGACAAGGAGCGGAAAACAAUUGUGAACAAUGAAAGCUCUGAGAUCAUCCACUGUUCAACAACGAGUUCGGCAAAUUAUCAGCCACGCAUGCUGACCGGGACCUUAUGCCGCCUCAUCUGAAGGCUUUUGAAAAACUGUUCAAUGCUUUGGAUCGUUGCGAAGAAAUUCUGUCUAAGCAAAGAUACCUGACUGGAAACACACUGACGGAGGCCGACAUCCGUUUGUUCGUUACACUCAUAAGAUUUGAUGCGGUGUAUGUUGUGCAUUUCAAGACGAACAAGAAGCUGAUCAGGGAGUAUCCAAAUCUUUUCAACUAUACAAAGGAUAUAUACCAAGUACCCGGGAUGGCGAAGACUGUCGACAUGUAUCAUAUUAAGAAACACUAUUUCAUGA